AUGUCUUUGGAUAAAACAACUCUCGUUGCUUCUCCCAACAUGUCCGAGUUUAAAUCUCUUGACCUCUACUCAUCUUCAGCAUCUAAAACUUCAUUACUACUUUAUUUUCUAAUACUACUCACAUGGAGCUAUUUGGGGAAAUCGUCGUUAUUGCUAUUAGGACUUGGCUGUGUCUUUGGCUAUGUAGUGCGAGUUAAUAAUGCUGCUCAAAAUACUCAAAGUGAAAGAAAUGAGAAACUAGCAAGUUUUCAGCAAAAAGUCGUUGAGAUAAUUGAAUCAAACCAAAUUCAGCCACCCAAGAAAGUGUCCUCGACUGAACUUGCCAUAAGUCCCAACAUUGACGCGUCUCUGAGCAAAUUAUUUGAUUUGAUUAUGCGAGACUUUGUUCAUUUAUACUACGAUCCAAUAAAUCCAAACAAUGACACUGAAUUCACCGAUCAAGUUCGAAAAAGUUUGAAUUCAAUGGCAAUGAAUUUGUCGUUAUGUUUUCAGAAAUUAGAUAAAGUCGAUUUGGGUAUUAUGUCCGGUUUUGCUAUUUCAAAUACUUUUAUUGUUCAUUUGCGCGAAUACCGUAAAUUCGUUUCGGCACACCAAACUUUGGACACGUACUGCAAAUUAAAUGAAACCUCACCAUUCGUCUACACCACAAAUAAAAAAACACAAGCACAAACGCUACGAGCACUCUCCCGUCUUAUGUUUUCGCGUCUUUUGCCAAAUAGCGAAGCAGAGAGCGGGAUUUUGAUGGCUUACUUUUCGGAAAUGUGGGCAAAUGAAGUUUUUCAGAAAACUUUGGAUACUAUUUGUGAUCCUGACUGGAUUAAUUGUACAAUCGUGGAUUAUCUUACAGAGGUUAAUAAUUCGGCUGAGGAAAAUGAUUCUAGUCUUUUCCAACAAUUGGCAUCGUCUAUUGAUGAAGAAGUGGCUGGACUUGCGGAAAAAUUAAAAGAGCCUUCUGAGGAUUCUGGCAGUAGUCCUAGUUCAAGCAAUCGUGCUUCAAUUUCGUCAAAUCGCGAUGCAGAAUUUUUGGAUUCUCUCAUUGAUAUAACUAAUGGAAUUCCGGGUAGUUUGAGUAUUAAUAGUAAUACAGACACCAAUGAGAAUUCUUCGAGAGAAUCUUCUUUUGAACGCAAUCUGGCAACUAGUGUAUCUCAGAAAAAUCCUACUAUCAAUGUCACGGAUUCCCUAACUCCACCUUUAUCUCCAAACAGGGCUUUCUUGCGUUCAGAUAAAUCUGCUCAACUUCAAAAAAUUCUUCAACAACAAAGCGAAAUUUUCGCAGAGUUUAUGGCGUUUUUAGAAGAAUUAGAUUCGGCCAAUUUACUGCGUUUUUGGCUGCAGGUUGAUUCUUUUCGUAAAAUCGCGUCCGAUGAAGUAAACCCAGAUGUCAUACAAGCGGAUGCAUUGCGGAUAUAUAAUUUAUAUUUCGGUGAGACUGCAACAUCUCCAAUUAAAGUUAUUCCAGAAGGAUUAGUUAGAAGAUGUAUGCAAGAAAUUGAAGAAGCACCCACAGGAAAUUGCUUCAUAACUGUACAGGAAUAUAUUUUUGGUAUAUUAGAAAGGGAUUAUUAUGAUGAUUUUAUUCAAGAAAUGCAAGUACAAGGCCAAGACUUAAGCCUGAUAGAGGUGAAAGACGAGAAAAAGAACGGUUUCAGUCGCGUUAAAGAUGAAAUAAAAAACAACUUUAAACGUGUGAUGUCUUUACCUCUUUCUCAUUCUAGUAAUCAGCCAUUGACAAGUUCCCCCUUAUCAAUAACAAUAACCUCAAACACCCCAUCUAAAUCCCCUCUAUUGAAAAACAAUUCUUAUGAUGGAUCAUCCUCUUCUUUAUCUACGUCGCAUAUUUCAGAAGGUGAAGAAAGACGUCACAAGCGAUCUAAUACCAUAGAUAAUUCGUCUCUUACUCCUAAUCCAACAAAGACUGAAUUUCCGCCUGAUGUACUUGAUAUACCAGAAUCACAACCCAUUGAUAAUCUAAAACGCCGUUCAAGAUCAUUAUCAACAGGAAGUGUGUUACAAAAUGUAGAAAAAGUUAUAGAGAACGAAAAUUUGCAUGAAGAACAAAGGACAAAAGGUCUCGAAGAAUUACAAAAUGACGAGAUAAAAAUAUCUUCACAUGAGCCACAAAAAGACGAACAAGACGAGGACGGCGAAGAACAAGAUUCACCUUUAUACGAAGAUGAGGACGACGAAAAAGAACCAGAUAUAAUGAUGAAUCUUGACGGGGUACGAAUAAGAAUGUCGGAUGUUUCUGAGUCAUCACCCAAUAAAUAUAUUUAUCUGACUAAAUCUUUAGCAUACAUGAUUGAAGUUGAACAACCGGGUUCCACUGGAUGGAUUAUGACUCGAAGUUUCAAUGACUUUGAAAAAAUGCACACAGAAUUAGUUGAAGAAUUUCCAAAAGCGGAAAAAGUCUCAAUGCCUCGUCUACGAUUAAAAAAGAAUCAUGAAGCAUGCAAAGCAUUAGAAAGAUAUUUGAACAUUUUAUUAAGUGAUAAUGGCUUAUGUCAAAGUAAACCAUUACAAACUUUUAUGAAAAGGGAUGGAGUGCCCAAAGAAAUGAAUUCUGCAGAUACUAAAGGCAUUCAAAAGAAUAGCUUAUGGAAUGCGAAAAAAUUUUCAAUUAAAUCUCCGUCUAUGAUUAAUCUUAUGAGUAAAGAGAUUUUAGGCGGCACGACUAUUGGGAAUAGAUUGCGAAAGAAUUCUUCAGAGACACUUUCAGCCGAUCUUUCUUCCUUUGAUAUAACUUCAGAAAAUUCUUCAGGAUUGCCACGUAAACGCGCAAAUGAUUCGAUACGUGUACGCACCAGUAUUGAAACUGUCACCUCUUCUUCAUGGGAUUCAAGCACAACAGUAACAACACCAACUUCAAAUCUUGAUGAUAAUGAGUCACCAAACAGUGUAACUACCACUCCAAUAACGUGCAAUCCAGCAUCGGAUAUAUCUGAUAUGUCUUUAAUCAAUAGUAAAGUUGUCAUAAUCGAAGAGCAAAGUUUACCUGGUUCCGAAAUUGAUCACCUUUCUCCAACAGAAUCCCCAAAACGAUACACAAGACCAAAUAAACAAUUAACCGGUCAAGAUAUUGACCUAUUAAUAGACACAAUGUUUGCCGUAGUCGAAGAAAUAUUCGAUUUAUCAGAAAAAUCACAAUGGCAUCUUCGGAAAACAGUUCUUUCGGUGCUCCGGGAAGUAGUAAGAAGAUCUUUCUCUCAGGUGAUCAAACAAUCUUUCUUGGAAGCUAUUGAAUCAUCAUUCACCGAAGAACAAGCUGUGAAUGCAAUAAAUAAAUUAUCAAAUUCAUUUUGGCCUAAUGGAAUUUGGGCUGAUCCUGCUACUCUACGCUCAGAACAAGAAAAAUUACAAACAAAAGAAGAGGCAAAGAAAUUGCUGUUGAAGAAAUUGGUACCAGAUUCCCUGAAACAAGUUAUGGGAUCGGAAAAUUCAAGAGUCAUGGUAGAUGGAUUGGUGGAUGGAUUUUUGGCAGAAAAGGAAGUUGUGCGAGGAAUGGGUGUUAGUAUAUUAGAAAGUAUAACGAAAUUGGUAAUUUCCGAGUGA